AAAAAAGGUUGCACAGUUUUUUUUAGCGAUAUACACCCGAUAAACGGGAAUCGGUUCUUUUUUUUUUUUAUUAUUGGGAUACCUGUACAUAACAACUGACCAAUCACAGAGAGCUAUUCAGCUGUCUUCUCUUUCGCACAUCUCGUUCUUGUGACUUGAUGUGAAGGAGCGACCAAUUCGUUAAAAUGUUCCUCAACGGAGCAGGGUUACAUGCUGAAACUACUGCUGUAUGCUUUAAACUAAUGUGGCUUUAACUCCGAAUAAGUUCUAGUGAGAGUAUUGCAGCGUGGAAUUAAUAUGGAAGUCAAAUAUUUUUGGAAGCAGAAUGUUUUUGCGAGCUCUUCCGUUUAGAACUUGUGCGCGUGCGCUAACCGGGCUGAGCCGGGUAUCAUCCAACCAGAAGCCAGGGUUUCAACCACACGUGUAUCUGUGGAGUUCCAACAUGGCCGACGACGGUGAAAAGGAAAAGAUAAGUAAAAGUGAGCUGAAGCGACGUCUAAAAUCAGAGAAAAAAGCCAAAGAAAAGGAGGCGAAACAGGAAGCUUCGAAAGCUAAGAACCCAGGGCAAGGAGAAGAAAAAAAGAAGGAGAUCGAUGAAGAAUCGCUUGAUCCAAAUCAAUAUUUUAAAAUAAGAAGCCUGGCAGUCGAAGCCCUGAAGAAGACUGAUGAACCACCAUACCCACAUAAAUUCCAUGUUUCAAUCUCGCUUAAUGACUUUAUACAAAAAUACCAAGACACAGAGAAUGGAACGUGGAGUGAAGAUGUUGUUACUGUCGCAGGUCGCAUCCAUGCCAAGCGUGCAUCAGGUAGUAAGCUGUUGUUCUAUGAUCUGAGAGGAGAAGGAAGUAAACUCCAAGUUAUGGCUGAUGCCCGAGCCUCUGAACAAGAUUUCAAUGCUGUUCAUGACAAAAUACGUAGAGGAGACAUAAUAGGUGUUAAAGGCAAACCUGGUAAAACCAAGAAAGGUGAACUCAGUAUACUGCCAUCCAGUGUUACACUCCUAGCACCAUGUCUACACAUGCUCCCUCAUCUGCAUUUUGGACUUAAAGACAAGGAAACAAGAUUUAGGCAGAGAUAUCUUGACCUCAUUUUGAAUGACAAAGUUAGAGAUAAAUUUGUUACCAGAGCAAGAAUUAUAAACUGCAUUCGACGAUUUUUGGACCAACUUGGUUUUUUAGAGGUUGAGACUCCACUAAUGAAUAUGAUUCCUGGUGGAGCAACUGCCAAACCAUUUAUAACCCAUCACAAUGACUUAAAUAUGGACUUGUUCAUGAGGGUAGCUCCAGAGUUAUACCACAAGAUGCUUGUUGUUGGUGGUAUUGACAGAGUGUAUGAAAUUGGCAGACAGUUCAGGAACGAAAGCAUUGAUCUGACACACAAUCCAGAGUUCACAACCUGUGAAUUUUACAUGGCUUAUGCUGACUACAAUGAUUUGAUGGAGAUUACGGAAACUAUGAUAUCAGGAAUGGUAAAGAACAUAACUGGGGGUUAUAAGGUAACCUACCAUCCAGAGGCUGUAGAUGCUGAAAACUUGGGGAAAUCUUGGACAGUGGAUUUCACCCCACCCUUCAAGCGGCUUAGGAUGAUUCCUGAGCUGGAAAAGGUGCUUGGUGUUAGACUGCCAUCACCACAAGACUUCAACACUCCAGAGGCAAAUAAGCUUCUUGACCAGCUGUGUGUAAAGCAUGAAGUGGAUUGUGCCCCACCAAGAACUACGGCUAGACUCUUAGACAAGCUUGUUGGAGAAUUCCUGGAAUCUCAGUGUGUUAGUCCAACGUUUAUCAUUGACCAUCCCGAAAUUAUGAGCCCUCUCUCAAAAUGGCAUCGUAAAGAGAAAGGCCUCACUGAGAGAUUUGAGCUGUUCGUAUGCUGUAAAGAGAUCUGUAAUGCAUACACAGAGUUGAAUGAUCCCAUGGUGCAGAGAGAGCGAUUUGAGCAACAAGCAAAGGACAAGGCUGCUGGAGAUGAUGAGGCAAUGUUUGUGGAUGAGAACUUCUGCACUUCACUAGAGUUUGGCCUGCCACCGACGGCAGGGUGGGGCCUAGGUGUAGACAGACUCACUAUGUUCCUAACAGACUCCAAUAAUAUCAAGGAAGUACUGUUCUUCCCCGCUAUGAAACCAGAAGAGAAUCAGAAGAAGGACAACCCAGAAGACGCCCCAAGCAAGACAGAUAGUUAAAAAUAAUACUAAAAUAGAAGAAACCUUUCAUCUCACAUUCCGGUCAGAUCCCUUAUAGACUUUGCUUUAAAAGAAAUGAAGAUGUACUAUAGAUACCCCUUGAAUUACAAUGAUGGCCAUGACUUGUUAUAAAUAAAAAAGGAAAUGGCCCCCCUUAUCCCCCCUCUGGGUAGAAAGCUUAGUAUCCAUAACUGCAGUAAGUCAAGGUAAUCGGUCUCCCCUUGAAGAUUUUAAUCGAUCGCGAAACUGUAAGCUAUGUGCUCAUACGAGGCAGCGAGAAUGUGGCGGGCGAAAAUGUCCACGUUUACCCUUUUUGGUUCUGUACAUAUUGUUUUUACUAUUUUGGUAUGCAAUGCAGUGUUCCGGAAGCAAUGGGUGGAAGGUACUAGAGUGGUUUUCAAAAUCCCGUGCAACAAAAUGUGAUAGUCAAAGUGUAAUAGUCAAUCCCGAACAAAAGAGAACAAAGAUAUUACAAUGUAUUUGUACUAGAUGAACUAAAUGGUAUUUCACAGGUUUUUGAAAACCACUCUAUUGUACAACUAUCCAAAAUAAAGUUGCAUCUAAAAUUGAAUAUAUGGUAUCCCUCAGGACUUCAUGGGCGUCAAAUGAAUAAGCAAAUAUGUAUAGAUGAAAAUGAAUCUACAGUAGUAUUGGAAAAUGUUCCAAUCUUGUCCUAGUCAUCUAAGGCUAAUUUCAAACAUCGUAUUGUUCAAUGUAAAAGAAGAUGAAACAAUCGACUUGAUUCAUUUGCAUGAAUUCGCAUUGAAUACGGCUUACGGAUGAUACUAAGUUUGAACUUAGCCUAAACACCAAUUUUACGGAGCUUCUCACUCGACGUUGUUGAAUAACGACUUGGACCAGGUCCGCCCCUUUUAUUCUGCAGACCAUUCUAUGAUGUAAUUGCAAACCAACGCUUUUACAUACACUCUUUGUAAUUCAGCCCCUUUGCCCUGAUACAUUUUAAUGUAUAAGCCCUUUUUCAAAAA